UGAUGAGUGCACUGAGUCAUGCUUGUGAGAUUAGGCUUUGUCGUUGUAGCCUCCGUCGCAGUUUUAACUCUUCAGAGAGCUAACAGUAGGGCCAGGCACAGCAGAGACUAUGGCCAAGCAAGGAAAAGGAAGGAUAAGGCUCACAAUUCUGAACAUGGGGAGAAAGAAGAAGAGAAGGAAGAGGUUAAAACAAUCAGCGGCAUAAUCAACUCAGCCCGGCCGCUAGACGACCACGACGAUGAUAUGCUUUCAGAGAUCGAAAGCCUCCUAUCAGGAGACAUUGACAUCCCUAUACCAAGAGAUAGCUUCGACAAUGGCCAAACAAAGAAAAGGAAGGAUAAGGCUCACAAUUCUGAACAUGGGGAGAAAGAGAAAAAAGAUGUUAAAACAAUCAGCGACAUAAUUAACUCAACCCGACCGCUAGACGAUCACGAUGAUGAUAUGCUUUCAGAGAUCGAAAGCCUCCUAUCAGGAGACAUUGACAUGGAACUGUCAUCCUGCGAUCGGUCGAAUGCGCUUGACCCGGUUUCUGUUGGUCAUCUUCUUCAAGCUGCUUUGGGUGGUUUUGCCAGAGGAUUCAAUGUUUUCCCGCUUGCUGAUCGGGUAUUCCGCUUCACGGCGCCCGUAGCGUCCUUGGAGCUCUCGCUGGGUGUCACUUCACCAAAACCCCAAACCGCUUCAUUGCUCUCGGCUCACCGGCGAUCCUCGGAAAAUCUGACAAUGGCGUACCGGCGCGUUGACCCGGAGCCGUUCCUCCCACCAGGCUUCAGCGCUUCGGUGGUCCAGCAUCGCGAGAUCAUGGUCAGCCUCCCUGACAAAGCUAAAAACCUGACUGCCAAGUUCAAGUAUGCUCGAAAAGUUCUGAAGGAUUGGCAGAGAUCGCUGCCAAAAAUUGAUAAAACAGUGAAAAACAUCAAGCUGCUAAUUGAGCUUAUUGACAACAUGGAAGAGCAUCAGGAUCUUUCUAUUGAGGAAUGGAAUUUCAGAGAUAUUCUGCAACAAAAAGUGGCCGAACUGCUUAACAUUCAGAAAAUUUAUUGGAAGCAGCGAGCGGCUAUUAAGUGGGUAACUGAUGGAGACAUUUGCUCCCGCUUCUUCCAUGCUCAUGCCACCAUUAAACACAGGAAAAAUUCAAUUGCCACCUUGAAUGACGACAAUGGGAUCAUCCACUUUGAGCACGAACAAAAAUCUGGUCUCCUCUGGGACGCUUUCAAGUGCAGAUUGGGAUCGUCUGAUUUCUCAGGCAUUGUUUUUGACCUCACAGAACUUUUAAUCCGUAAUGAAGAGCUUCACGAUAGAGGCCCCCCUCCUGAUUCUUCAAAAAAAGGAGACAUUGACAUCCCUAUACCAAGCGAUCACUUCGACAAUGGCCAAACAAAGAAAGGGAAUGAUAAGGCUCACAAUUCUGAACAUGGGGAGAAAGAAGAAGAGAAGGAAGAGGUUAAAACAAUCAGCGGUAUAAUUAACUUAGCCCGGUUGCUAGACGAUGACGACGAUGAUGUGCUUUUUGAGAUCGAAAGCCUCCUGUCAGGAGACAUUGAAAUCCCUAUACCAAGCGAUCGCUUCAACGUUAAUGGAUGGUCACGGUACAACACUUACAUGGCUAACAAGGCCUCUGAGAUAGAGGGACUGCGCAGCCUGGUGAAGGAGAUGGAAGAGAGAGAGGCGAAGCUUGAGGGCGAGCUGCUGGAGUACUAUGGAAUGAAGGAAAUGGAGAUUGAUGUCGCUGAGCUGCAAAAGCUGCUCAAGAUCAAGACAGUGGAGAUCGACAUGCUCAAUAACACCAUAAACUCACUGCAGGAGGAGCGGAAGAAGCUGCAAGAUGACGUGGAACGUGGAGCAGUUACCAAGAAAGAGCUCGAAGUGGCUAGGACCAAAAUCAAGGAGCUGCAGCGGCAGAUACAGGUGGAAGCGGGCCAGACAAAAGAUCAGCUAAUGCUGCUGAAACAGCAGGUCAUUGGAUUGAAGGCCAAGGAGGAAGAGGCGGUAAAAAAGGAAGCCGAGGUUGAGCGGAAGCUGAAGAAGCUCAAGCAGUUGGAAGUGGAGGUACUUGAGCUAAGGAGGAAGAACAAGGAGUUGUUGUAUGAGAAGAGAGAUCUCAUUGUGAAGUUGGAUGCAGCUGAAGGGAAAAUAACUGAGAGUGAUGUAGUUGCCAAUGCAAGAGAAGAGAUAAACAAGCUGAGGCAUACAAAUGAGGACCUCACAAAGCAAGUGGAAGGCCUACAAAUGAACAGGUUCAGUGAAGUAGAGGAGUUGGUAUACCUGCACUGGGUCAAUGCCUGUCUGAGAUUCAAGCUCCGGGACUAUCAGACUCCAUCAUGGAAGGUCUCUGCAUGUGAUCUUAACAGGACACUGAGCCUCAAAUCACAGGACAGGGCCAAACAACUGAUGUUGGAGUAUGCAGGAUCUGAACGGGGUCACGGUGACACAGAUCUUGAGAGUGUUUCUUCAGUGCCUUCUUCACCUGGAAGCGAAGACUUUGACAACAUUUCAAUUGACAGUUCUUCCAGUAGAUACAGUUUCAUAAGAAAAAGGCCUAAUCUGAUGCAAAAAAUCAAGAAGUGGGGAAGGAGCAAGAAUGACAGCAGUAGUUUAGGCUCCCUCAUCAGUGGUUCUCCGAGGAGGAAACCAAAGGGCCCCCUGGAAGCUGUCAUGCUAAAAAAUGCUGGAGAUGGUACAGCCAUAACAACAUAUGGAAAGAGGGUUCCCAAUGGUGUCUUGGACGAUGAAAAUGUCGUGUCCUCAUUCCAAUUGAUGUCCAAGACAGUCAAAGGUUUUGCUGAUGAGAAGUAUCCCGCUUACAAAGAUAGGCACAAACUUGCAACUGAACGGGAGAACGCGAUAAAAGAGAAGGCUGGGCAAGCAAGAGCACAAAGGUUUGGCGGUGGACAUAGUUAAGCUCUUAUUUCCUCACCAAAAGGUGCACUCCCUCUGAAACUUGCUCAAAUUAAAGAAAGGCCCCCUGCAGCCAAUGCUGAAUCCAGUGACAACCAAAACAGCACCAUGGUGGGGAGCCAGAUGAAGCUUGCCAACUUUGAGAAGAGAGCAACAAGAGUUCCCAGACCACCUCCCCCUCGAUCAACCACUGCUUCAGGGGCUACCAACACUGCAAGUGGAGUACAAACGCCACGUGCACCAGGUGCACCUCCUCCACCACCACCACCGCCGCCACCUCCGGGUGCUCUACCAAGGAACCUUGGAUGGGGUGACAAGGUACACCGUGCACCGGAGAUUGUGGAGUUCUAUCAAAGUCUCAUGAAGCGUGAAGCAAAAAGAGAGACAUCUUUAGGAUCAAUGUCAUCCAAUGUUUAUGAUGCCAGAAGUAACAUGAUUGGAGAGAUCGAGAACAGAUCAACAUUCCUCUUAGCUGUAAAAGCUGAUGUGGAGACACAAGGAGAAUUUGUUGAGUCUCUAGCAAAUGAGGUCCGAGCAGCAAGCUUUGUAAAUAUUGAUGAUGUUGUUGCAUUUGUAAAUUGGUUGGAUGAGGAGUUAUCUUUCUUGGUUGAUGAGCGAGCAGUGUUAAAGCAUUUUGAUUGGCCAGAGAGCAAAACAGAUGCAAUAAGAGAAGCAGCUUUUGAAUACCAGGAUCUGAUAAAGUUACAGAACAAGGUUUCAUCCUUUACCGAUGAUCCACAACUUGCAUGUGAAUAAGCUCUCAAGAAGAUGUAUUCUUUGCUUGAAAAAGUGGAGCAGUGUGUCUAUGCACUACUCCGUACAAGAGACAUGUCCCUACGCUACAAGGAGUAUGGGAUCCCAGUUGACUGGUUGUCUGAUUCCGGAGUAGUUGGCAAGAUCAAAUUGGCAUCUGUUCAGCUUGCGAACAAGUAUAUGAAGAGGGUUGCAUCAGAACUUGAUGCGUUGGAAGGCACUGAGAAAGAGCCCAAUAGAGAGUUUUUGCUUCUCCAGGGUCAGGGUGUGAGGUUCUCUUUCCGUGUUCAUCAGUUUGCUGGGGGAUUUGAUGCAGAAAGCAUGAAAGCUUUUGAAGAGCUAAGAAGCAAGAUGAGUACACAUAAAUCUGCUCCACAGAUAUCUGAAGGCUGAAGCAUGAGUUGAACACAGGAUUCAACACACAUCUGGUCUUACUUGCUGGAUACUGAUUUUUAGUUGUGUACAAAAGAGAAGUUUAAAUUCCAGUGUGGUGUCAAGCAAGUUGUAUAUGCUAAGAGAAUACAAGUCAUCAGGUUAUGUUCAUUUAUUUUUUAUGAAAGUAAGGGCAGGACAGGUUAUGUUCAUGCAUAUAACAGUUUUAGCUCAAGUGUAUACCUUUUCAUUUUAAAGGCUGUAACUGUAAACAGGCAGCUCCAGAAAAUGAAUCACUUGGGCA